ACUUUUCUUACCCCAGAAAUGAAACUGAAAGCAGAAAAAAAGUGCACUUCCAAACAUCACAGUUGUGGAGAGCUAAUGUAUUUGGAGGCAACAGAACACAGAAGAGGACCAGGUUAUGCAAUACCUUUUGUUUUCUAUGCCAUUUAACGAGCUGAUAAUGUGCAGAGGAUAACAUGACAUAACAGAUACUCAACAAACCAGACAUGAGCCUCCAGGUUUGUCACUGCGGCUGGUCCAAAAUAACGACCUACCACGGCCUGAGAACCCACCAGGGGAAGAUGGGAUGCACGCCGAGGGGUGUGAAGGUGGAAGAGAGUGAACAGCAGUACAUGUGGGGACAUAUUGAACUCACAAACAAUCAAAAGGACUUUGAGCUGGAUCUUUACACUUCUAUCGAGACUAACACAACAGACUACUAUUCAGACAUGAGCCUCCAGAUUUGUCAAUGUGGCUGGUCCAAAGUUACGACUUACCAUGGCCUGAGAACCCACCAAGGCAUGAUGGGAUGCACGCCAAAGGGUGUGAAGGUUGAAGUGAAUGAACAGCAGUACAUGUGGGGACAUGUGGGACACACAGACAAUCAAAAAGACUUCAGGCUGGAUGGCUACACUUCUAUCAAGACUGGAGCAGCAGACUACUAUUCAGACGUGAGCCUCCAGGUUUGUCACUGUGGCUGGUCCAAAGUUACGACCUACCACGGCCUGAGAAUCCACCAGGGGAAGAUGGGAUGCACGCCGAAGAAAACGAGGAUCCCAAAGACAGAGCAGUGCGACUGGAACAAUCAGUGGGAAGAAGUGGGUGAAAGGAAACAUCAGCCAGCUAAGAGAACGACUGUCAAGAAGGAGAACGCGCCAUUGCGGCCAAGCACCAACAGCCGUACCAUCUCUGCUGAAAAAACAGGCCCGAUCAAGGUGGAAAACAAAUCAUCUUUUGCAACUCCACAAAGCUCUUCCCAAAGAGCCACGCACCCAAAUGCAGGCCAUCAGCUGCAGGGUUCCUCCACCCAUCCACAGAGAACCGAUAGUAGAGCCGUGACAGGAUAUUGGAGCCAUACUGACUCUGCAACAGCAGACGCAUUUAAGGAGGAGCCCAAAACACCGACUAUACCACGCUCUUCCCAAAGAGCCACGAACUCAUUGGCAGGCCAUCAGAUGCAGGAUUCCUCCACCCAUCCACGAGUGAUUGGAGCAGACAGGGAGCAUCCAACACCAACAUACCCGGUGACAGUAGUCAGACCUAAGAAGAAAGACAGGAAGGACCAAACAUUAUCACAGAAAUCAGACCGUAGAGAGAUGUCAGGAAAUUGGAGCAUCAACAGUUGUACCGACUUUGCAACAGUAGCCACAAUCAAGGAGGAGUCCAAGUCACCUUUAGCAAUUCCACAGCAGUCUUUCCAUACAACCUCAAACUCAGAGCUGCAGGAUUUCUCCACUGGUGUGCAGGUCAAUAGAUCGGUCGGGGAGUGUCCAACUGUCCCACGGAUAACAGUAGUCCGACCUAAGGAGAGGGAUCACACAUUAUCACAGGUGAAGAGUUUGGUCAGCGAGCGUCCAACCACCACAGACCCAGCAACAGUAGUCCGACCUAAAGGGAGAGGAUCCAACAUUGGCACAGCUUUUACAACUCCACAACAGUCUUUCCAAACAGGGACAAACUCAAAAGCAGGCCAUCGGCUGCAGGAUUUCUCCACUGGUGUGCAGCUGAAUAGAUCAGUAGGGGAGUGUCCAAGAUCUUCACCUCUGGCCACAGUAGUGCAGCCUAGGGAGAAGGACAGGAAGGAUCACUCACUAUCACAGGCAAGGCAAGAGGGAUUUCAAUCUGAAUUACCGUGGAAAAUUCAGAUGAGAAAAGAAAAGUUUAGUGAAAUCAGACCAGCGGAGAGAGCCUGCGAGAGUGCCCCAGAUUCAAAAUGUUCCAACAUCCAAACAAACUCUGCAGCAGCGGAGGCCACGAAAAAGAAGGACCCCGAAUCCUCGUGUGAGACUGCACAGCCUGAUUUCUCCACUGGCAUGAAGUUGAAGGAACUGGCCCGGAUGUUUUCAGCCACCACAACCCAGGAAACAGCAGUCCGACCAAAGAAGGAACACAGAGGGGAACAAAAACUGUCACAGGUGAAGCUAUUAGCUCAGAAGCUUUCAGCAGGCACCACAGCCCAGAUAACAGAAGUCCAGCCAAAGGAGAAUGACAGGGAGGAUCUGAAACUACCACAGAAUGUACCAGACACCACAAGUGCCACCACCCAAAUGAAUCCUGCAUCAGGAGAAGCCACAACUGAGGAUCCUAAAAUAGAUUCAUCCACUGGCACAAAGCUUGCAUUGAGUGUGAAGGAACUGGCCCGGAUGUUUUCAGCUACAACAAGUGAGGAAACAGCAGUCCGACUAAAGGGGAAACACAGAGAGGAAAAACAGUCACAGGUGAAACUAUUUGCUCAGAAGCUUUCAGCUACCACAGCCCAGGAGACAGCAGUCCACCCAAAGGAGAAAGACAAGGAGGUCCAAAACCUAACACAGGUAAGGCCAGACAGAAAUGCAGCUGACACAGCUGUAAAGGACAAAAUCCAGACGAGAGACCAAAAGGUGGCUCAAGGCAGAUCAUCUGUAAGAGCCCGUAAGGGCAGCUCAGAAGCUGAGUGGCUGGAGAUCACCAGUGUCUUCUCAGAAGUGGUAAGAGUUGCAGAGGAUGCGAAGCAGAAGUCCCUUGACCUUUCAUUGUCUACUCUGAGAACUACAACAUCAACCAUGAUGGAACAAAUUCAACAGAAUCUGGAUAAACUCUCCGCUAUUGAACUUAAAUGGAUUUCUAAGUUUGCAGUGGAUGUAAAGCUGGAUCCAACCACCGCACACAGGUGCCUUGUUUCUGUUGAUGGGAAGAAAGUGAGUAGCAGAAGAGAGAACCAGGAUACUCCGGGGAGCUUUGGCAGCGUCCUGGGCCUCAACAGGUUGACCUCUGGGAAGUCGUACUGGGAGGUUGUUGUCAGCAACAAGACGGGAUGGAAUCUGGGCGUGGCGAGAGGCAUGGCGAGAGGUGGUGCAAACCGCGAGGGGAAGCUCUCGUUGAAACCAGAUAACGGUUACUGGGUCACCGAACAUUAUGAAAACAAGUACGCAGCCCUGACAGCUACACCAGUUUGUCUUUCCCUGAAAGAGAAACCACAAAAGGUGGGAGUGUUUGUGGAUUACGAGGAAAGUCUUGUGUCCUUCUACGAUGUGACGGCUCAAUCUCACAUCUACUCCUUUACUGGGUGUUGGUUCACUGGAGAGAUCUACCCCUAUUUCAGUUUGCACCUUAAAGGAGACGGUCAAAGUGCUAACUCUCUGAUUAUCUCAACUGUAAAACACUAGUAAUUAUGUAUGUUAUUAUAAGGUUGUGUGUGGACAUCCUUUUACUUUUUUUAUUGUCAAUGUUAGGGUUUUAUUUUAGGGUUGAUGUUAGCAUUUUCGUAAAAGAUUUGUUGACAGACACAAGAGACAGAUGAAAAGCCAAAAUCGAAGCAGCAGCGUACCAGAUAUCCUGUCUUAACCAUGGAUGUAUUAGAAGGACUGGAACCAGUGUUUGAGGCCGAGCUCUGUGCAUUAGAGACCUCCGCCGGCCGAGCCGGCAACUUCAGGUUUAGCGCUCCACCCACUUGAAUGGGGAUUAAAUGAUUUAAUUGUGCGGCUCAAUUAAUUUGCUUUAAAGUCCAGCACCCUUUCUGGUGGCCUAGUCUUUACAAGCUCCAAAAGACUGGAUCCUACAUUUCCUAUAAUGCAACUGGCUAAGAAACAAAGAAAUUAGUCUAAGCUAGUUGAGUUCACAUUGUCUGCAAUUGUUUUCUACAUAUCUGUAUUAAAAAGAUAUUGUUUUUGUACAGAUAAGGGUUUUCUAUAUAAUCAGCAAUGUGUUUCCUCUGUGUGUGUUACUGUUAGAAUAGAUAAGUAUUUAUUUAUUUAAAUAUUAUAUAUAAGGCAUUUGGCAUUAUCCCAUAACUUCAACAGAAGUUAUUGCUAAAGUCUUGCUAAAGAUCAGUAUAAUGUUACAAAUGUGUUACUUGGUUAUUAUGAUGUUUACAAAUGUGUAUUAAUGUGCAUUUCAUGUAUGAGUGGUUGUGGGUAUUGAUUGUGCAUAUACAACUCAUUUUUGACAUCAUCAGUCUGAUCUCUAACCCCUCCUCUCUCCUCUCUCGGUUGCUUGUUAUAAAGGUGGAGUGGGAAGUGAAGUCCUAUUAAACUCAUUUUAAGUGGUGGAAUGUAACUAAGUACAUUUACUUAACUACCAUAGUUACAGUAAGUACAGUUUUGAAGAACUCUUACUUGACUUCAUUUUACGUUACUUUAUACUUUGCUACAAUUGAGAGGCAAAUAGUGUACAUACUCUACUACUUUUAUUUAAUAACUUUAGUUAGUUUGUGUCUAGCUACUUUGUAGAAUUAGAUUAUUAAUACAAAUAUAAAAUAUAAAUAUUGUGACAUUAACCAGCAGUACAGUAUAUAAAACAGCUGAAAUGAGCUCCACUAUUACCAGCUGCACCAUUAGUGACACUAACAUUAAUGCAUCACUAAUUAUAAUCCUGUAAUAAGUUUCUUUGGAAAUGAGCCAUUCUGCAUAUUGAGAUAUUUUACUUUUGGUACUUUUAAGUAUAUUCUGAUGCUAAUACUUUUGUACUUUUACUUGAGUAACAUUUUGAAUGCAGGACUUGUACUUGUUUACACUGUAGUAUUGCUACUUUCACAUAAGAUCUGAGUACUUCUUCCACCACUGGAAUUUACCCCUGAACUCAUUAUACAGUACAUGUUUAAAUGUUUUCAGAUAAACAUGUCAGAGAUGCUGUACAA